GAGGGCCCUACAUUGGACUUGUCGUCGCAAGCUUCUGACGUUGCGAUGCUGGAGGAGAAAUUGCUGACUCCAUCUGUGGAGACCUGCCCAGAAGAUUCCAUCACGGAAGAGGCAGAAGCGGAAGCGAGCCCGUCGAGCCCAUCGAGUCCGUCGAGGGCGAGAAGCUUCACCACAGCAUGUCAUGAAGGUGCGCUUCAGCAAUGUUUAGCUGAACUGCAAGAUGCAGAGGAGCGCUUUGGAUCGCAAGACCUUCGAGUCUCGGGAUGCCUCCGAAGAUUGGCGGCAUUGCUGAGCACGCAGGGAAGAGCACCUCAAGCCAUCCCACUCUGGAUCCGCGUUUUGGAGAUCGAGAGACCGUGGCUGGGAAGCGGACACCAAGACGUGCGGCUUCUUGAAGGAGUCCUGAGAGAACAGCUGAGCCAAUGCCUCAAUGAAGAUGCCGCUGCUGCUUAUGAGGCAAGGCUAUCUCAGGAGGGCAGCGACUUCUCGCCACCGGGGCUGCGGCAACGCACCACCAGUGAUGUGACGCACAGCGUGCUGGUGGGCCGAGUCGCUACCCUAGGGGUCGCCUCAGCUGCAGCCCUGGGCAGCGCUGUGGUGAGUGGCACGUUGACAGCAGGAGUAUGUGCGGUCUCCUCCACCUGCUCCAUCGUUGGAAACGUGGGCACAUCCCUGGUCUGCCUGGCGGCGCGCCACGGCACGAGGGCGCUCCUGGGAGCAACGGCGGCGCCGGAAUCGCUGGUUUCUGCCACCUCCAGCGCCGUGGGCUACGCCUCCUCUGGCACGCUGGGCUUAGCGCAGGGGGCGGCUGGAGUGGCGGUGAAUGCGGCCUCGCAGGCCAGUAUCUCCUUGGUGGCUUCUGCAACUGGAGCGGCCAUCUCAUAUACUGGGCACCGUGCACUUGACCUCUUGGGCAUGUCCGAAGGUGAAAAGAGCGAUGCUGACAAGGGAUAG